GCCGCGGGAGGGGCCGGGCCGAGCCAUGUCGGCCAAGGAGAACCCGUGCAGGAAGUUCCAGGCCAACAUCUUCAACAAGAGCAAGUGUCAGAACUGCUUCAAGCCCCGCGAGUCGCAUCUGCUCAACGACGAGGACUUGAACCAGGCGAAGCCCAUCUAUGGCGGGUGGCUCUUGCUGGCUCCGGAAGGCACCGACUUUGACAACCCUGUGCACCGAUCCCGGAAAUGGCAGCGCCGGUUCUUCAUCCUCUACGAGCAUGGCCUGCUGCGCUAUGCACUGGACGAAAUGCCCACAACCCUCCCCCAGGGCACCAUCAACAUGAACCAGUGCACAGAUGUUGUGGAUGGGGAGAGCCGGACAGGGCAGAAGUUCUCUCUGUGCAUCCUGACCCCUGAGAAGGAACACUUCAUCCGAGCCGAGAACAAAGAGAUCAUCAGCGGGUGGCUGGAAAUGCUGAUUGUCUAUCCAAGGACAAACAAGCAGAAUCAGAAGAAGAAGAGGAAGGUAGAGCCCCCAACUCCUCAGGAGCCGGGUCCUGCCAAGAUGGCCGUGACCAGCAGCAACAUCCCCAGUGCUGAGAAGGUCCCUGCCACCAAGUCCACACUGUGGCAGGAGGAGAUGAGGGGCAAAGACCAAGCGGAUGGGAGCAGUAGCCUCAGCCCAGUCCAGAGCCCUGUGCAGAACCAGGCCGCGCCUGCCGGCUCCCUGAAGGAACCUGUGCUGGAAAGCAAAGAAGACGAGAGCUCCAUGAAUGGCGACCGACUGGACUGUGGCCGGAAGGCGCGCGUAGAGAGUGGUUACUUCUCCUUGGAGAAGACUAAGCAAGACUCAAAGUUGGAAGAACAGCAGCUGCUGCCUCCGCCAUCCCCUCCCAGCCCCAGCACCCCAAACAACAGGCGAUCCCAGGUCAUUGAGAAAUUCGAGGCAUUAGAUAUAGAGAAUGCUGAGCACAUGGAAACCAAUGUGUUGCCAGGUUCUGCCCUCUCCAGUGAGACACGCCAAGGCAGGAGUGAGAAGAGGGUAUUCCCCAGGAAGCGGGACUCCGAAACAGCAGCAGUAGGCUCCAUCCCAGAGGUCUCUGCUUCCCCUUUGUCUCCACACCGUAGAGCAAAAUCACUGGAUAGAAGGUCCACGGAGUCCUCCAUGACGCCCGACCUGCUGAACUUCAAGAAGGGAUGGCUGACGAAGCAGUAUGAGGAUGGGCAGUGGAAGAAACACUGGUUUGUGCUGACGGAUCAGAGCCUGAGGUACUACAGGGACUCAAAGGCAGAAGAGGCAGCUGAUUUGGAUGGAGAAAUAGACUUGUCUACGUGCUAUGAUGUCACUGAAUACCCAGUUCAGCGUAACUAUGGCUUCCAGAUCCACACUAAAGAGGGGGAGUUCACCCUCUCCGCAAUGACGUCUGGAAUUCGACGGAACUGGAUUCAGACAAUCAUGAAGCACGUUCGCCCCACCACUGCUCCCGAUGUAACCAGUUCCUUGCCAGAGGAGAAAAGCAAAACCAGCUCUUCCUUUGAGACCUGCCCAAAACCAAGCGAGAAGCAGGACUCAGACCAAGCAGAGAUAGACCCUGAGCAGAGGCGGAGCCGGGCUCGGGAACGCAGGAGGGAGGGGCGCUCCAAGACCUUUGACUGGGCCGAGUUCCGCCCCAUCCAGCAAGCCCUGGCGCAGGAGAGAGCCAGCACGGCGGAGUCUGCCAAGAGCGGCACCCCCACCUUCCCCAGGGAACCCAGUGUGUUGGACACAGAUGCUGGGGAGCUGGAGAGGGAGCGCGCACGGCGGCGGGAGGAGAGGCGCAAGCGUUUCGAGAUGACUGAUGCUGUUGAUGGGACAGGUUCGGAAGAUGUGCUGCGGAUGGAGGUGGACAGGGUCCCAGGCCUGCCUGUCACUACCGACGUUAAGCCGCAGAACGUUCACGUGGAGAUCGAGCAGCGGUGGCACCAGGUGGAGACGACCCCCCUGCGCGAGGAGAAGCAGAUCCCCAUCAUGCCUCUGCACCUGACGCACUCGGAGGACAGGGAGGACAGACUCUCCAAGCACCACCUAACCACGCUGCUGGAGAAGGAGCUGGAACAGAGCCAGAAGGAGGCAUUGGACCUGCUUGAGCAGAACCGGCUCCUGCAGGACCAGCUGAAGGUGGCUCUGGGCCGGGAGCAGAGUGCCAGAGAAGGCUACGUGUUGCAGACCGAGGUGGCCGCCUCGCCAUCGGGUGCCUGGCAGAGGCUCCAUAAAGUCAAUCAAGAUCUCCAAAGCGAACUGGAAGCCCAGUGCCAGCGUCAAGAGCUGAUCAAUCAGCAGAUUCAGUCCUUGAAACGUAGCUAUGGUGAAGCAAAGGAUGUGAUUCGGCACCAUGAAGCUGAGAUUCAGAGCCUGCAGGCCAGACUCGGCAAUGCCGCAGCGGAGUUGUCUAUCAAAGAGCAAACUCUGGCCAAGCUGAAAAGUGACUUGAAGAUGGAGGAGGAGAAAGCCAAAGAGCAGCUGGAGGAGUGGCAGCACAGUGAGACCACUCUGAGCUCCCAGUUAAAAGUCAGCGAGCAAAAGUUAAAGGCGGCAGAGGCGCUGCUGCUAGAAAAGACACAGGAACUGAGGGAUCUCGAAGUGCAGCAGGCACUGCAAAGGGACCACCAGAAAGAAGUGCAGAGACUCCAAGAUAGGAUUGCAGACCUGAGCAUGCAGCUGAGUGCUAGUGAACGGGCCCGCAUCCUAAUGGAGGAGAAGCUGCAGAAGAAUUACGAGGCUUUGCUGGAAAGCUGCGAGAAGGAAAAGCAGGUUUUAAUACAGAGUUUGAAGGAGGUGGAGGACAAGGCCAACGAGUAUGAGAAUCAGCUGCAAAACAAUGAGCAGCAAAUGGAGAUUCUGCAGAAAGAGAAGCUGAAUGCAAAAUGUGAAGGCAGCGAAAUUGUGCAUCAGCUUGAGGAGCAGCUGGAGAUGAAGGAGGCCAGCAUCCAGAAACUGGCUGAACAUAUUGAGGAACUGGAAAGGGAGAGAGAUCAGAUAAAAUGUAGGUUCCAAGAGCUUAUGAAUCAAGUUGCUGAGUCUGAUAAUGAGGUUGCCAAGCUGCAGGCAAAGUUGAAAAUGGAAGAGACCAACUAUCAGAACCUGGAGCACUCGUAUGAGGAAGUAUCAGAUCAAUUCCAGAGCAUGCAAAAAGUGUUAGAAGAAAAGGAGGAAGAGCUGAGACAUGUGAAGGAAAUGCACAUGAGAAUUGUUAAGAAGAAAGACCAAGACCUCAAUGAGGCUCUGGUGAAAAUGGCUGCUUUGGGUAGCAGUUUGGAGGAAACUGAAGUGAAGCUACAGGCCAAAGAAGACACUUUACAGAAGUUAGCUAAUGCAGGCUCAGGACUGUGUGCUGAAGAUGCAGAAGACUUCUGCACUAAUCUUGAGGCUGAUGAAAAUCCUAAUCCAGAACUGGGACAGCAUCUCCAAACUCAUGAUGAACUUCCAGGUUUGCAUUACACCCCAAAAGAAGACGAUGAAGGUACGGAGACCAGGCAAAGGCAGGCUGCUGAACUCACCAUGUCAAGUAUGGAAGAACCGGCAUCUCCAUCCAAGUCUCUAGAGCUUCAAGACAGAGAUAUUGUUCAGAAAAUCUUAGCAAAGCCUGAGGCAGGAUUUGUAGGUGCCAAAAGGCAAAGAAUCCGUUUCUCAAACAUCCAGUGCCAAAAAUAUAUCCAUGCUGAUGGGUCAGAGAAGAACUGGACUAGUAGCACAUCUUCAGACACGAGCCAGGACCGGUCAUUGUCUGAAGAAAGCAUGUCAUCAGAACUGCCUCUUGGUUACCCAUCCUCAGGAGCCAGUGACUCAGAGACUUAUCUUUCAAUCAUCCAUUCCUUGGAAACAAAACUUUACAUUACAGAAGAAAAGCUCAAAGAUGUGACCUUGAAACUGGAAAGUCAGCAAGGUCACAACCAAGAGACCCUGAUAGCCCUUCACCAUCAGUGGGCCAGCACAGAGUCUCAGCUGAGGGAGCAGCUCCAAACGAGCCUGUCUCAAGUCAGUGCUCUGGUUUCGCAGUUGGAAACUGAGAGGCAGGAAAAGUUCAAGAUUGUAGAAAAUCAUGUUAGUGAGCUGGGGGAUUUCCAAAUGAAAAACAGCCAAGCACUGACCUGCUUGGAGAAAUGCCGAGAGCAGCUAAGAGCUUUGCCCAAUUCCGACAAGGAAAAAGAAAGCAAUUUGUUUCUUAUGACUCUGUCCAGCAUGGAAACCACUUUAGCAAAUGCAGUCCGAGUCUUGCAGGGCGUGCCCAUCUCACCUGAUCAUCAGCUGAGGGACAGUCUAGCUGAAACGGCACAAGUAGAAGGAAGUUUGUUCGAUGAAGAGAAACAAGUUUCCCAGCAGCAUCAAGCUGAGAUGUUUAAUAGAGACCACUUAAGGUUGCUUUCUGAGAGGGUAGCAUUCGAAGCUUCCCUGAUCAACCAAAUAGCAGACUCUCUGAAAAAUGCAAGCUCUGAGAUUUCCCAGAUUCUCCAGGAGAUUCAUGGGACAGCUGAGGUGGCGUUACUAGAGCCAGCAAAUGUUUCUCACACAGCUAUUGCAUUGGCCAACCUCUUAUCAAAGAAACUGUUACUGGAAGGUGAAUUCUGGAGCCAGGUAGAAGAACUGAAAAAGCACUUAGGCACCAAAGAAGAGGAAGUAGAAGGCAAAAUGGAAACAGUUAGUUUUAGUUUUCCACAAUGCCUUGUCCACACAAUAGCAGACACCUCACUGAUCAGGGCAGAACUUGGUUUUGUUGCGCAGAAAAUGAGAGAGUCUUUUCAUCAGCGGCUAAAAACAAUUGAAGAAGACCUCCAUAAUACCAAAACUGCUCUCCAGCAGCAUAAAUGCAUGUUGGAAGAAAUCAUCAAGACAUACAGGACCCCUGAAUUUGACAGGGUUAUGCAUCAAAUUUCUGAAGCACUCGAGAUCCAAAAAGAUGUUUCAGAACAGACCCAGGUCUGUUGGGGCGGGAGUCAUCCAGAAGUGGUGCUGCAUCAGGACCCAGUCAAGAUGGAGGGGGGCCAGAGUUUGACAGAGCAGAGUAGUGAAACUCUUGUUGCUAUUCAAGAAGAUCUUGCCCUACAGCUAAAAGAUAAAGCAAAUAUUCUUAAGGAAAUAUCUGUUGCCUUACUAUCCCUGUCCCCUGAGGAAGCCAUACAGGAUUGUCAGAAGCUCCUGAAGGUUUCUCAGAGCAUGGGAGAUCUUGAACGAUACUCAUCUUUGUUAGUUCAGGAUGCAGUUAUCCAGGCUCAGGUGUGUUAUGGCGCUUGCAGAGUUAGACUGGAGUAUGAAAGGCAGCUAAAGUUUUACAAAGAGUCCUUGCAAAACAUGGACGCUCUGUGUCAGGAGCGUGGACAGGCUGUUGCUGUCCUUCGGGAGGAAUAUGAAGACUUGCUUCGAAAACAGCGGAGCGAAUAUGGUGAGAUGAUAACUGUCCUUGAAAGGGAGAAUGCAGACCUUCAGGCAAAAGUGUCUCAGCUGGAGAACCAGCGGAGGUUCUUGGAGGAAGAAGAACACAAACACAGCAAAAGCAUCAGCGAGUUACAAGGCAGGUAUGAGGAGGAGAUACGAAAUGUGAUAGAGCAGUUGAACAGGACUGAGGACACUCUAAAGGCAGAGAGGACGGAGGGCCUGAACCAACUCGACGCCGUUGUCCGAGACAAGCAGGACAUGGAGAGGUAUCACCUUGAGCAAAUGCAGACACUGGAGGACAGGUUCCAGGCCAAGGUGAAGGAACUGCAAGUCAUCCACAGCGAGGAGCUGCAGACCCUGCAGGAGCAUUACAGCCAGAACCUGCAGCGCUUGCAAGAAACACUCGAUGGCUACCAGCGCCAGCACCUGGAGGCCGUGCCUUCCCCAGGGCCUGGGACCGCGUGGACAGCAGAGCAGCCUAGUGGAGGCGUGCAGAUCUCUGAAAGUGAGCUAAACUCCAUGCACGGGCUGAGGGAGCGCAUCCAGGAGCUGGAGGCCCAGAUGGACGCCAUGCGAGACGAGCUGGAGAACAAGCACCUAGAGGGGAGCACGGCCAUGCUGAGGGAGAAGUAUCAGAAAGACUUUGAGAGCCUGAAGGCAACAUGUGAGCGGGGGUUUGCAGCCAUGGAGGAAACGCAUCAGAAGAAGAUUGAGGAUCUGCAGAGGCAGCAUCAGCGGGAGCUGGAGAAACUGCGGGAGGAAAAGGACCGCCUGCUAGCAGAAGAAACAGCUGCCACCAUCUCGGCCAUCGAAGCCAUGAAGAAUGCCCACCGGGAGGAGCUGGAGCGGGAGCUGGAGAAGUCCCAGCGCUCCCAGAUCAGCAGUGUCAACGCGGAUAUCGAGGCCCUGCGGAGGCAGUACCUGGAGGAGCUGCAGUCAGUCCAGCGGGAACUGGAGGUCCUUUCAGAGCAGUACUCCCAGAAGUGCUUGGAGAAUGCGCACCUGGCCCAGGCCCUGGAGGCUGAGAGGCAGGCGCUCCGCCAGUGCCAGCGAGAGAACCAGGAGCUCAACGCGCACAAUCAGGAGCUGAAUAACCGCCUGGCUGCUGAGAUCACGCAGUUACGGACGCUGCUGACUGGGGAGGGCGGGGGAGAGGCUGCUGGCUCACCUCUCACACAGGGCAAGGAUGCCUAUGAGUUGGAGGUCCUGUUGCGAGUCAAGGAAUCAGAAAUACAGUACCUGAAGCAGGAGAUCAGCUCCCUUAAGGACGAGUUACAGACAGCUCUGCGGGAAAAGAAAUACGCCAGUGACAAACACAAGGAUAUCUACACAGAGCUGAGCAUCGUGAAGGCCAAGGCAGACUGCGACAUCAGCCGGCUGAAAGAGCAGCUAAAGGCGGCCACAGAAGCGCUGGGCGAGAAAUCCCCUGAGAACACAUCUGUGUCGGGAUACGACAUCAUGAAAUCCAAAAGUAACCCCGAUUUCCUGAAGAAAGACAGAUCCAGUGUUAGCCGGCAAUUAAGGAAUAUCAGGUCAAAGUCCGUUAUUGAGCAGGUCUCAUGGGAAAACUGAAAUGAACCAGAGUCCAGGUUCCCUGUCACGUAGAGUCUGAAGGAAGGCCUGACGGUGCAAGAACGCCUGAAGCUUUUUGAAUCCAGGGACUUGAAGAAAGACUAGCUCUUUUUUUUUUUCCCCUCCCUCCCCUUCCCUGUUCAGCUCGAACGCCCGUACCUGGCAGCUCAUGGCCACGCAGCACAAGCACUGUUUUGUCUCUUGUUCCUUCCAACCAUCCUCGCUGCUGUUGGUCUAGACACUCCUGAUCCGACUGGGCAUGGGUCUUCCCUGACCCCAAGGGCUCUGUGCCUCCUCCUCCUUCAUGAGAUGCCUCAGAGACUACAAGGGAGGAGGGGAUGGACCUUGGUCCCCUGCUGCUCUUUGUAGGAGAAUCCUUCCUUCGCUGAACAACCAUUACACUAAGUGUCAGUAUUAAGGCUGGGCGCCUGUUGAUAAGCUAACUGUCAUACCGACUGUGGUGGGACAGGCACAGGGCCUGGGCAGUGCAGCCCCGAACUCGCUGCAUUGCUGUUGCUUGAUCCUGGGCUCUGUGCACGCCAGGACCCUGACCGUGGAACUUGCCUCUUGCACUUCUGGGGAAAAGCCCACAGCAAAAGCAGCAGGAAGAGCAGGUCGGUUUGAGUUGUAAACAGCCCUUGCGGUCAGGUUUGGGCCUGGGUCACAGCACUGACGGCCACUAGCCCAGCAGAGCAGAGGGAGGGGAGUGUUGGUGGGGCUUCAUGCCAGGUUCAGACAGUUGCAGACGGAACGCCCAACAUUCGUCUGAAACACAGGCUUCAACAGAACCUGGCCCAAAGGCCUGCUGCCCUCCAUGAUCCUCCCUCUCUAGUCUCCCGUGCUGUCUGAGCAAUGUGCUACAGGAUUCAAUAGUCCAAAUGCAGCCUAGCAGCAGCUGUCUAGCCUCCACCUACUGCCCCUUCUUCCUGUCACCCCUCAAAAGUACUAGGGCCCUUCCUCCAGUCUCUGGAGGGUGGAUGGAUGCUGACCACAAAGCAGAACCAGCUGUGGCUGUGGAAAUGCUCCGCUCAGUCCAAAUGCUGCCUUCCUUCACUCAGCCCCAGAAUCCUGCUCCUCCUGCCUACAAAAGGCAGUAGUUGUGAUGCGAUGCCACUUUGGGGACAUUUUGGAAUGAGUCACAAAACUCCCGCAUGCUCCCAACCACAGCAGUAUUGUGGCCCCUGCCUGCCCCAAUGGAAGCUGGCUUAAAACAAAUGCACGCCUGUUAAGCAGCAAAGCAGGUGGGAGGGCAGAUUGGAAACAGCUGAGGAGACAGAGGGAACCUAGCAGCACAGGUGCAGCCCUGAACUAGGGGGGCUCGGCAGCAAAGCAGCUAUUUUGCCAAGACCCCCCUUGCUCUGCCUGCCAAGGACAGCCACUAGCUCAGUCACUGCACUGCCAAUGACACUCCACGUGCUGCCCCCCCACUCCCUGGUUUCAGGCCUGAUUUGACUUGGUAUAAGGACCUGUCUAGUGCAGGCCAGGAACUGCAUGUAAAUGCUGGUCCAGCACUGGGUUUCAACCCUCAUUUGGCCAUCUCGUAGUUUCAGUUGCAUUGCACCGUGCUUCUAAGAAACUCUAGGGAGUGAAGCUGCUGCCUAGCUUUGAAACUGCAGCAUUUGGCUGGAACUCUGUUUUCACAGGCUGUGCUGAUUUCUGGCUUAAGGCUGGUGCUAGAGCUGGUUAAAGCUCUGCUUUCCCAGGGAGGGGAGUUGCUUUUGUGCUGCUAGGCCAUGACUGGUGUUUCCCUCCACCCCCUACUUUUGAAGCCACUAGCCAGCCUUGCAUCUCUGCUCCAUGGUAGGAAAUGGGUUCUGUUGUCUCCCCCCCUGCCUUGGACCCAAGCUGGGCUGCUGUGCUUGUCUGUGCAUCUAUGUAGGAUAGGCAAGGGAGGGCUGAAAUGCCCAUCUCUCCCUGCCCCAACUCCCAGGGUGCCGUGCUGUGCCUAGGCGUGUUGGAGGCAGAGGGAUGUGGUGAGAUGCUGCAUCAAAGGGAAAAGAAGCGGGGAGACCAUGCCACACUGGGCACUUUCAUGACCCUUCCCCCUUCUUACGCCCCUGUCCUGUAAUAGACUUUUAUGUGUUCUCCACCCAGCCAUAGGACCUGACCCGGCCCUUGCUGCUCCCAGAGACUCUGGGGUCAGGCCAGCUGCCCAACCACCUUCCCGGACUAAUAGCUGAGAGUCUAAGAGCUGCUCCUUAUGUGCUCACAACCCUGCAUGGACCAGCCCCAGUGGCACACAGCCUUGCCCCUUGUCUGUACUCCUCUCCUGCAGCAGAGCAGCACAACUUGCUGCCUGUAUUGAGUUCAGCAGGGACCCAUAGCUCUUCAGCUCUGGCGCUGAGCCGUGCACACCCACGCUGAGGUGUACGCAUUCUUUAGUACUUGCCGGCCCUAGAACAGACUAGGAGCUUUCCCUACCGCUUCUUGCCAGUGUUUGGGCAAGAGGGACCUCAGGAUGGGCUGGUCCUUUUGGAUGUUUCCACCCUGUGUGCCCACCAUGCUGUGUGGAGAGGGUGCACGCGGAGGGGCCGUCCAUGCUGUGACAGGCCGGAGCUGAGGCUAGCUACUGCCAGGGAGCUGGGUUGUUCACCUGCUGUGUCCAUAUACUGUAUAAGCCCUUGCGCAUGCAGCACAGCCGUUCAGCUGACACGUACAAUAGCCAGCUUGCUCUUUCUGUGACCUUUCUAUUUGAGCAGCCACCAGAAGAGGAAGUCCUUUUGUUCCUAGGCUCCGUCCCUACCAGUCGGGGUUUGGCGGAUGUCUGCUCUGCUCCGUUAGCUUUCCAGCCCUGAAUUCUCCUCAGAGGAUCAAGCCCAUGGGAUACAGGCUGGGGUCCUUCAGUGUUGUAACUUCUUCCUCACAAGGGUGCACUUAAAUGGAUGAACUCAACACCUCCGAACAGUGCACUCAUCCUGAAGGGUGGUAGGGAGCAUUGCUUGCUUCUACGCCAGCUGAGUUGGCUGUAGCGGAGAAGCCAUGUCAACCAUUCCUCCCAGUAUGGGCUCCUCUCUGCCCUGGGCUAUUGCAGUGGCUGCUUUGCUCAGUGAAUUUGUUCAGAAUCUGCUAACUCUUGAGUGCAACAUAAAGGUGUGUUAUGUCCCCCUUUUACAGCUGCACUGCCAAUAGCAGGAGGCCACAGGAUGAGGGUGAGGCGGCGGCGGCUAUAAACAGGCAGGGCUUGUUGCUGUGUGGUACACUUUCACUGAGCCUCAAGUGGAUCCUAAUGGGGAUGAUUUUUGGAGGCGGGGGAAACUGAAGUCACCCUUCCUCUGCUGUACACUUCAUCCCAGAGACUCUCUUCUUGAGACUCAGGCCCUCAGCUUUGCACAGGUACUCUGAUUAAUGAGUCGCUGGCGUCUAUUUGCUUCACUUGGGUUUCUGUUAGAUCCUGCUUUUAUAAUACUAGAGGAGCUUGGUAAUUAGCAGAGCUGUGCAGCUUGUGUUGCCUGGCACAACGAGGUGGUGAGCUGGCUUGGAGGAAGAGUUUGCGGUGUGCUGACUGGCAGUGGGGUGGGCUUCUGGACUGUGCAGACUGGGUCAGGUGCUCCAGUGGAGGCAACGAGGGAAAACUGAAGUUGAUAUGGGGACGUUUCCCAUCUUUGGACCCAGCAGGUGUAAAAGUGGGCGAGGACAGGGAGAAAGGCAAUGCAGGCUAGUGGAAGCACUCAGGUGGUAGAUGCUCAGUGCAAGGCAGGCAGGGAGAGAAGUGGAAGCAGCAGCGAGCAAGCCGGGUAGCAAGAGGAAAGGUACUGGAGCAACGGCAAGUCCAAGGCAAGCUCAGAAAGCUUUCUGCUUGUGCUGUCCCAUAAUAACCCUGUGGCGUGCAGCUGGUUGGGGGGUGGAUCAUUGGGCUUGUUUAGAUGCAGGGUCCCAAAACUGCUUAAGGGAAGAGGGUAUUUGAUUUGAUGGUUUCCUUACUCCAUUAGGCUUUCCCACAUGUAUGCACCCCAAAGAAAAGGCCAUAUGCACAGAAGUUUUGAAUAGGUUGCUUGAGGGAACCAGUUCUUUGUAAAUCCAGGACCCUGCAGAUGAUGGGUAAAGCCCCAGCAGUAACUCUGGCUUAAAUGAGCUGGCAUUUGCCCCUCGACCUCCCAGUGUCUGAUUUCCUAUUUUAUGGCAACCUUCAGUCAUCCUGUAACCUGUCUUAUUGGGUCAGCUGUAAAAGGAUUUGCUCCAAGGUCUGCCAAGACUAUCAGAACAGCAGAAUCUGAACUUGUUGGAUCUGUCAGCAAAGGUUUUAUUACUGGGAAUCUUUAACUAAUACAUACUGGCCAACCUUUCUGGACUUUUAUUCUGCCUUGUAAACCUAACUAGAUAUGCCGUCCCACAGAGAGGGAACCACAGACACGAUACCAGCUGCAGACAGAAAAAAAGUGUUGCAAACAAGAGAAAGCUAAUAUAGAGAGAAAUCCACCAGGCAACAUGUGGAGGAGCGGGUGGGAUCACCCUCUGAGGAAUAUUCUUAAGCUUCUAGGAAUGUCUAACAAGCCAAAUAGAUGCUUUUCUUGCUGAACUUUGCUGUGUUAAAGUAUUUAACACCUGAACAGAGGUCUCUUAAAGUGCAGUUGUGGUGUUCUUAUAUACUGUCCCUUUUAAGAGCAGUGCAUGUUGAAGCUCGGCCAUCUCCAGAAGGGGAUUUGGCCCUUUUAAAAAUGUCUUUAUGCUCUGUGUGGGCCAAGCCCUCUGCUGUCAGGUGGCACAGGGAGCUGGAGGGCAGCUGCACCAUCCCAUCCAGCUGCAGUGCUCCUGGCUAGAAGGAGCUGAAAAAAUCUGCAUGGCAAAAGCCACUGUUCCUAGUUAGUUCAAGGACGAUGUGGUGGGGCUCAAACACGUUUCCUUCCUCCCUCCCUCUGCAACGCUGUCACAAACCUUGCUCCACUUUCCUCCCCGUCUUUGGUUUAGAUGUGACAGCUACUUGACCCUUUCUCAAGCAUCAGACAGUGUCUUUUCCUGCACUCCCAAAGGGCCUCCAGAUGCAGUAAACACAGGUCCUAAAACCAUCCCAUAGAGGUACAGGUCAAAAACAUGGUUCAAAGGGGAAAAAGAAUCUUGCAGAAGUCUUGGCUGUGUGCAAGGUUCUGUGGUAAAGCCCAGUUCUUCCUGCUGCUUCAGGCUUCAUCUUUUCUCCAGAAUGAGAGCAAGCAGGGCUCCUCUAAGACCGACUGGGGAGAGGGCAGGAAGAACAG